AUGAAAGUUUCCCGGUGGACAAUUGUGAAGAACCUAGCGCGGGAGUACUUAGCGUCCAGCUCGUGCCAUGGCAUGUCCUACACAGUGCACCCGAAAGUGUCCGUUACGGAGCGCGUAUGCUGGGCAGUUGUGGUUGCGCUUUCGCUGAGCGUCUGCAUAGCGGCCAUCGUUAUCGGGCACCAGAAAUGGGUCGAAAAACCGAUGAUCGUAAGCUUCUCCGCAAAGCCGAUCCCCGUGUGGAAGCUACCCUUCCCGGCCAUCACCAUCUGUCCGCAGACGAGAAUCGCUGUGGAGAAGUUCAACAUUACCGAGGUGUACCUGAGGGCCCGCACCAAUAAGACACUCUCAUCGACCGAGUGGCGCAAGCUGCGUGUGCUGACGCACGUGUGUUCCUCGGUAAUGCGGUCCAAGAACGAUUUCUACGGUACGGGAGGAGCGCGAACGGGCAGUGAUGCGUCGGCACCGGUUAACGAGCAGGUGGUAGAACAGUUGGUCAACAUGUCCAUACCGUUCGAUGAGACGUUUAUGACGUGCAUGUGGAGUUUUAACUUUCGCCGGUGUGACGCCUUGUGGUCCCGGAAGGUGACGGAGAAUGGGAUCUGCUAUAGCUUCAACAUGCUUUCGAGCGCGGAACUGUACACGGAGGACCAAGCGUUCCGGGAGCGGGAAGUGUAUCCUGAGGGCAACAAAUACAAAAGGUUCCAAACGUUGCAUGCGGCGACGAUGCGUAGUACGGGUUGGACGAUGGAAAAUGGCUAUACGGUGGGUGAGAGCUUACUGGCCUACCCGCGACGAACGGCUAGCAGUGGGUUUAAGGGUGGCGCAAUUGUAGUAAUGAAGGCCAAUCAGAAAAAUCGCGAGUACAUCUGUUCGGGUGCUUUGCAAGGCUACAAAAUUACGAUACACCCACCGGAUGAAUUCCCGAGGCUGAGCGAACACCACAUCCGUGUACCGCCGAUGCAUGCCGUGUCGGUUAUCGUGAGGCCCCGUUUACUCACCACCCAAACGAAUCUUCAUCGCUAUCCGUACACAAAGCGACAAUGCUUUUUCGCGGACGAACGGAAGUUGCGCUUCUUCCGGGUGUACAACGAACAGAACUGUGAGUUCGAGUGUCUCACCAACUACACACUGGCCACGUGCGGUUGUGUGACGUUCGCCAUGCCACGGGAGAACACUACCCGGGUGUGCGGUGUCAGCGAGAAGCGGUGCUAUAAAACGGCGGUCACACGGCUGAUGGAGUUGGAUGAGUUGACCGCUUACAACGGGCAGGAUACGUGCGAUUGUUUGCCCGCCUGUACGACGAUUAAGUACGAUGUGGAGCUGUCGAACGAUUGGCUAAACAUGGACUCAUUGCUGGCAUCGACGUUUGACCGAGAACGUAGAAAGGAAGGGAUAGAACCGAUGCUACUGUACGUUUACUUCAAGGACAACAAAUUCCUGUACAUCGAGCGGGUGGAGUAUAUGAAUUUCAAUGGCGAGUUGGCCAAUUUCGGUGGCAUUCUGGCACUCCUGUCCGGUAUGAGCCUUACGAGUCUGGGGGAAAUAUUGUACUACAUCUUCGUGCGGCCUCUUGCGCUGUGGAUUAGAGUGCAGUACGCUAAGACCCGGGUUAAACCGGCCGUCCGAGAGGUGCAGCUGCGUACCGGGACCGAUUCCGUGUACGUUGUACGUCCUUGGAUCCCGUAA